ACACAGCUGUGUGAAUACUAGUAUCAUUGCAUAUCUUCAAGAACACAAUGGCUAAUAAUACCACAUUUCUUAGUCUGCUUCUUGUUCGUCUCCUUUUUCUUGUAAUGUUGUUUUUAGGGUCAUCGUCAUUUUUGGUGAACAACAUGACAAAACUCACCUCCGCCAAGUGCAUUGAGAUGGAGAGGAAAGCACUCGUCAACUUCAAACACGGUCUCAAAGAUCACACAGGUAGCCUUUCUUCUUGGAAGGGCGAAGAUUGCUGUCAAUGGAGGGGCGUCGGAUGCAACAACAUAACCGGACAUGUUGUCAAGCUCGAUCUCAGAGGCAAGGCUUUUGAUUCAAAUGAGUACUACUACUAUGUACCGAAGACCUUUGUAUUACAUUACCGAAGGUCGCGUUUGGGAGGUAAGAUAAGUUCUUCUUUGCUUAAGUUGAAAUAUUUGAAUUAUUUGGACCUGAGCUCCAAUGAUUUUGGAGGAAUUCGAAUUCCUAAAUUCUUGAGUAUGUUUGAGAACUUGAGAUAUCUCAAUCUCUCUUGUUCCAUGUUUGGCGGUGAGAUUCCAUCUCAUCUUGGAAAUCUAUCUAGCCUGAAUUAUCUUGAUCUCGGUGAUGAUUAUUUAAUAUGGUUUAAUGAGGUUUCAUUAUGGCCUGUUGACCUACACACUUCAAAUUUGAAAUGGCUCUCGGGUCUCUCUUCUUUGAAAUACCUUAACAUGCAAAACUUGGAAGUCAAUGACACUAAUUGGCUGCAAUUAGUUAACAUGCUUCCUAACCUCAUGGAGUUACACUUGCCUGGGUGUGGUCUACCGAGCCUUCCACUCUCACUCCCGUUUGUUAACUUAACUUUGCUUUCGGUUCUUGACAUUUCUGGUAAUGGGUUGAUCUCCUCAAUACCAAACUGGUUGUCCAAUCUCACGAGCCUCACCAAACUUGAUCUUAGCGUUAAUCAUUUUAGUGGCGUCAUUUCGAGUGAAUUCGUGAAGUUGACGUCUUUGGAAGACCUUGAUUUGUUUUCUAAUAGGUUUGAAGGUCAAGUACCAAUAUUUUUUGGGAAUCUUUGCAUGCUUAAAAUUUUAGACCUUCAACGAAACAAUUUCAACGGUGAGGUGGUUGAGUUUUUUGGUGCAUUCUCGGGCUGUCCAACCAGUAGCUUAAUGUCACUAAGUCUAGCAUACAACUCUUUUGAAGGGGAACUGCCCGAUUCAAUAGGAAUACUCAACAAUCUUCAACGAUUGGAUCUCUGGGGAAACUCUUUCUGGGGUUCAAUUCCGAAAUCAAUUGGAAAUUUGUCAUCCUUGCAAGAAUUUUACCUCUCUGCCAAUCAAAUGAAUGGAACCAUUCCUGAAAGUUUUGGACAGCUCUCAAAACUCAGAUUCCUAUAUCUCCGAAGUAAUUCAUGGGAAGGGGUCGUCACAGAGGCCCAGUUGAUGAAUCUCACAAGAUUAGAAGAUUUUAGAAUAUCAACAGAAAAAUUCGGAUCCUUGAUUUUCAAUGUGACAUACGAGUGGGUACCUCCUUUCAGGCUCAAAAUUCUUGAAAUAGAAAACUGCCUGGUGGGUCCUAGAUUUCCGGUAUGGCUUCAAGUUCAAAAUGAACUCACUCAUGUGUCCCUUACGAAUGUUGGAAUUGCAGAUACCAUUGCCGAGGAAUGGUUUUCCAUGUUAUCUUCUCAAGUUGUCCAUUUGGAUCUAUCUAACAACCAAAUAAAAGGGAAGCUACCAAUCAAUUUAGAAUAUCCAGAGUUAUAUACUAUCGACUUGAGUAAUAACUGUUUUGAGGGUUUGCUGCCACUUUGGUCCACUAAUGCGUCCAAUUUAAUUCUUUAUAGCAACUUAUUUUCGGGACCAAUUCCAUCGAAUAUGGAUAAAUUGAUGCCGAAGGUACGAUUUUUGCUUCUGUCCAAGAAUCGUCUAAAUGGUACCAUUCCAUCAUCGAUAUGUACAAUGAAGAAUUUAGAAUAUCUUGUCUUGGGGACCAAUCAACUAUUCGGGGAGCUCCCCCAUUGUUGGAACAAAUUUCAAAUGUUAAAGCUUUUGGAUGUAGCGAACAAUAGUCUUUCAGGUAAUAUUCCAAGUUCAAUUGGUUCUCUAAGUUCUCUUGGAACAUUAUUGUUGAGUAGCAAUAAUUUAAAUGGACAAAUUCCUCAAUCCUUGCAAAAUUGUUCAAAUAUUUGUAUCAUUGACCUUGGGGGAAACAGAUUAAAUGGAAAACUACCUUUGUGGAUUGGACACAAUACAACUCCAUUUCUUGAGCUGUUACGUCUAAGAUCUAACUCGUUCAGAGGAAGCAUUCCUCAACAAUGGUGCAAUCUUAAAAGCCUUCACAUCCUAGAUCUUGCACACAACAAUCUUUCAGGGGUCAUUCCCACUUGUUUCGCAAAUUUCUCAUUAUCGAGUAACGGCAGUUCCAUCACAAUUAGUGUGGACCAAAUAAGUUUGGUGGCAAAAGGAAGAGAAUUGAGAUAUGGUUGGACUCUACAAUUUGUCAACAGCAUUGAUUUUUCAGCAAAUAGCCUAGUUGGUGAAAUCCCUGAAGAGAUAACAAACCUAGUUGCACUUGGUACCUUAAAUUUUUCAAUGAAUUAUCUGUCUGGACGCAUACCAGAGAACAUUGGAAAUUUGCGAAAUUUGGAAACCUUAGAUCUUUCAAACAACAAUCUCUCAGGACCAAUUCCUCAAAGUUUAUCUUCACUGUUUUUUUUGAACCACUUGAAUCUGUCUCACAACAACUUGGUAGGAAAAAUUCCAACUGGCAAUCAGCUCCAAACAUUCGAUGAUCCGUCGAUUUAUGAAGGUAACCCCUUACUGUGUGGGCUUCCUCUUACCAAGUGCCUAGGCGAUGUUACAUCUAAUGUGCCUCCUCUCAAUGGAGGUGGUCUAAAUCAUAGUGACAACGGAAAUGAUCUUGACAUGGCAUGGUUCUAUUAUAGCAUGGGACCGGGAUUUGUUGUCGGAUUUUGGGUUGUUUUGGGUACUUUGUUGAUAAAGAAGACAUGGAGGCAUGCCUUGUUUCAGUUCGUGGAGAACAUGACCGAAAGGAUAACCCUUAUGAUUGCAUUGAGAAGGGCUCGUUUGUAAUCUAUUUGUUUUCAAGUGAAAUAUAGUAGUACCCUUACCCA